GUCCUUCGUUGAAUUACGACACUGUCCACCUUUAAUUUCCUCGAAAACGCCUGUAAUUCGGCUGAAGCCAUGCCUUGUGUUCAGGCGCAGUAUGGGUCCUCGCCUCAAGGAGCCAGCCCCGCUUCUCAGAGCUACAGUUACCACUCUUCGGGAGAAUACAGCUCCGAUUUCUUAACUCCAGAGUUUGUCAAGUUUAGCAUGGACCUCACCAACACUGAAAUCACUGCCACCACUUCUCUCCCCAGCUUCAGUACCUUUAUGGACAACUACAGCACAGGCUACGACGUCAAGCCACCUUGCUUGUACCAAAUGCCCCUCUCCGGACAGCAGUCCUCCAUUAAGGUAGAAGACAUUCAGAUGCACAACUACCAGCAACACAGCCACCUGCCCCCCCAGUCCGAGGAGAUGAUGCCGCACUCCGGGUCGGUUUACUACAAGCCCUCCUCGCCCCCGACGCCCACCACCCCGGGCUUCCAAGUGCAGCACAGCCCCAUGUGGGACGACCCAGGCUCUCUCCACAACUUCCAUCAGAACUACGUGGCCACCACGCACAUGAUCGAGCAGAGGAAAACGCCCGUCUCCCGCCUCUCCCUCUUCUCAUUUAAGCAAUCGCCUCCCGGCACCCCUGUGUCUAGCUGCCAGAUGCGCUUCGACGGGCCCCUGCACGUCCCCAUGAACCCGGAGCAGGCGGGCAGCCACCACGUGGUGGACGGGCAGACCUUCGCUGUGCCCAACCCCAUCCGAAAGCCCGCGUCCAUGGGCUUCCCAGGCCUGCAGAUCGGCCACGCGUCGCAGCUGCUGGACACGCAGGUGCCCUCGCCGCCGUCGCGGGGCUCCCCCUCCAACGAGGGGCUGUGCGCCGUGUGCGGCGACAACGCGGCCUGCCAACACUAUGGCGUGCGCACCUGUGAGGGCUGCAAAGGUUUCUUUAAGCGCACGGUACAAAAAAACGCAAAAUACGUGUGUUUAGCAAAUAAAAACUGCCCAGUGGACAAGCGGCGCCGGAAUCGCUGUCAGUACUGCCGAUUUCAGAAGUGCCUGGCUGUUGGGAUGGUCAAAGAAGUGGUUCGCACGGACAGUUUAAAAGGCCGGAGAGGUCGUUUGCCCUCGAAACCGAAGAGCCCACAGGAGCCCUCUCCCCCCUCGCCCCCGGUGAGUCUGAUCAGUGCCCUCGUCAGGGCCCAUGUCGACUCCAACCCGGCUAUGACCAGCCUGGACUAUUCCAGGUUCCAGGCGAACCCUGACUAUCAGAUGGGUGGAGAUGACACUCAGCAUAUCCAGCAGUUCUAUGAUCUCCUGACUGGCUCCAUGGAGAUCAUCAGGGGCUGGGCUGAGAAGAUCCCAGGCUUCGCUGACCUGCCCAAAGCCGACCAAGACCUGCUUUUUGAAUCAGCUUUCUUAGAACUGUUCGUGCUUCGAUUAGCGUACAGGUCCAACCCAGUGGAGGGUAAACUCAUCUUUUGCAAUGGGGUGGUCUUGCACAGGUUGCAAUGCGUUCGUGGCUUUGGGGAAUGGAUUGACUCCAUUGUUGAAUUCUCCUCCAACUUGCAGAAUAUGAACAUCGACAUUUCUGCCUUCUCCUGCAUUGCUGCCCUGGCUAUGGUCACAGAGAGACACGGGCUCAAGGAACCCAAGAGAGUGGAAGAACUGCAAAACAAGAUUGUAAAUUGUCUCAAAGACCAUGUGACUUUCAAUAAUGGGGGGUUGAACCGCCCCAACUAUUUGUCCAAACUGUUGGGGAAGCUCCCAGAACUCCGUACUCUUUGCACACAGGGGCUACAGCGCAUUUUCUACCUGAAACUAGAAGACUUGGUACCACCGCCAGCAAUAAUUGACAAACUUUUCCUGGACACUUUACCUUUCUAAGACCUCCUCCCAUGCACUUCAAAGGAACUGGAAAGAAACCUAAAACUAUCCAGAGGGGGCAAGUCACAAGGCAGAGAUAUCCCCAUGAGCUGCCUCAGCUCUAGCUGGCCCCCACCCCCUCCAUAAAAUCC